GUGUGAGUUGGAGUUGUUGCUGCGCCUCACCGCCUGCCUAACGAGCAUUUGGCCAAGCUUUUAUAUUGAAAUCCAACAGAGACAGGGCCUGUCACCUGUCACCAUUUUCUAUCUAAUCUUAGGGAUAAAUGGGCAGGUCCGUUCCUGGUCGCGACUGCCUUCUCCUGCUUAAAUAUCAAUAAUUCCCCCAGUUUUGCAUUUGCAGUUUUGGACGCGUUUAUUUCCUCACUUACGGUCAUUUCCUCACCCACGCUCGCUAUCAUGCUCGCCACCAUGAACACCGCCGCUCCUUUCUGGGUCUCUAUCGCCCUAUUAGUUCCACGGGCUCUAGCGGCCCCCGCCGACUCUUCAGCUACCGCCGCAGCACCAAGCUGUACAGCUUCCCUCAUCACCAGUCUCUGCGACUACCCGAGUGCUGGCCCAGAGUUUUCCGUCGCCAUCAGCAGCAGGGCCUCCUGCUGGGAAUAUUGCAACGACCACCCUCCCUGCAAUUUCGCCAUCUUCUCCGCUGGCAACCCCUACACAGGCAGUGGCGCCUGCUUGCUGUACCCCGGUGAAAACUUCGAUGCGAGCAAAGGUAGUACGGAUUGCGGCAACCCUUCCCUGUCCGUCUAUGACAAGCCUGUGUGUGCUGGCGGGAGCGCAACCACUACUGCUGGCGCCUGCGCCGCCACCGCGUCUCCCUCUGCUGUUGCCUCGGUCUGCGGGUACCCGACGCCGCCUGAUAACUGCCAAAGCAGUUGUUAUGCUAGUAGCGGUUCAGCGCACUGCUUGAGUAUCUGUGCAAAGGCCGAUUCCUGCAACUACGCCAUCUUUAAAGCGAUGAGCGAAAGCAAGUCGCCAUAUUCCGCCGGCAAUUGCUGGAUCUAUACGGAGGGAAAAUUUAACCCUGGGCUUGCCACCGCUUGUACUGGCUCUCCUGACCAGUUUGUGUAUAACAACUUGGACAACGUGUGUCCCAAGCCAUCGCCUACGUCGUCCUCCCUUGCAUCAUCUGCUACGGCACACUCCAGUGGCACUGAAACUGCAAGCGCUACGACGGGCUCUCAUGGCUCUGGUGGCUCUGGUGGAACUACAGGCGAUACUACGGGCUCAGCCGAUGGCGCUGCUACGAGCUCUACUGGCACCGAGACCACAGGCAAUACUGGGAGCUCAACCAAUAGCUCUGGUACGAACUCUAAUGGCACUGGUACGAAAUCCAAUGGCACUGAAACCGCUGCGGCCCCAGCCACUACCACCACGAAUUCUGCGGCUGCCGGCCUGUCGCUCACCAAUCCAUUGGCUAUAGGCGCGGCUGUAUUGAUGUGGAUGGCCUUGUAAUGAUAUCCUUGCAUAUAUUGUUUGCUUGUUCACUGUUCACCCAAACUGGCCAUUGGGGACGAUAUACUAUAUAUUAAUGGACUUCGUGUGGGGUCACUUCUCAUAAGUCUCUCGCUAUUUUGGAGGGUAUGUUGGGUUAUUCAUCCCAUACUGCAAACAGAGGACUGGGGUUCCGAAUGGUAUGAACCACGUUACCAUCUUGAUCGAUCUUAGAAGAACCGGCGGAGGAGUUAUGUAUUUCAUUAUAUAUUUAAUCAUUAAUUGUAGUAUACCACCAAAUACAACAUGGAUAUUUUGAGAAUUUCGUGGAAUGAGUCGAUCUUCAACCAACUAGCUAUGUCAUACAAGCCAAAGAAGCUUAUUGAAGCACUGACCCCGUCCUAGUCCAGUGGAU